AAUCAGGUACUUCUAAUCAAACCACUUCUUCUUCUUUCUCUCCAUCUUCAUUUCCUCUCAUGAAAGAUUAUCACAAUCCAAGAAAGAAAAAGGAAAAAAGGAAAAUUUUCUGUACCAUACAAUAAAAAAUAUGGGUCUUAAAUAUCGAUUCCAUUUGUACAUAAUCAAAGAAUCGAAUCUGUACAGUUUUAGCAAUUUAGGGCAAAAGAAAAACAAAUCGAGAAUAGUUCGAUUUCUCUGAAUUAGCGUUUUAGGGCAGAGAAAAUCGAGAAUUAGAAGGAAUCGAGAAUCCGAAAUCUCUAAAUUAGUGGAGUUUUAGAGUGAAAGAAAUCGAGAAUAGAAGGAACCGAGAACCCGGAUUCUCUCAAAGUGGAGAAAAUGAGCUUGAGUGCUGCCGCCGAAGAGGAUUCGGCGCCUGACAUCCAUCUGCCUGCCGAUAUCGAUUGGCAGAUGCUUGAUAAAUCGAAGUUCUUUGUCCUCGGUGCGGCCCUUUUCUCUGGCGUAUCCGCUACUCUCUACCCUGUCGUUGUCCUCAAGACCCGUCAGCAGGUCUGCCAGGCGCACCUCUCCUGCUUCAAGACAGCGGUCUCGAUCCUCCGCCAUGAGGGCCUUCGUGGCCUCUACCGUGGGUUCGGCACCUCCCUCACAGGGACAAUCCCCGCACGGGCGCUCUACAUGACUGCUCUUGAGGUCACCAAGAGCAACGUUGGGACUGCCACCGUGCGGCUGGGAUUCCCUGAGCCUGCGGCAUCGACAAUCGCCAACGCAGCCGCGGGGCUCAGUGCUGCCAUGGCUGCGCAGCUCGUCUGGACUCCCAUUGACGUCGUCAGCCAGCGGCUCAUGGUGCAGGGGAAUCCCUCAUCUUCUUCUUCAUCUUCCAUGUCCAAAUACUGUGGCGGAGUUGAUGCAUUCCGGAAGAUUCUCAGAUCGGACGGGCUGCGGGGUCUGUAUAGGGGGUUUGGGAUGUCGAUCUUGACGUAUGCGCCAUCGAAUGCGGUUUGGUGGGCAUCAUAUUCAGUGGCCCAGCGGCUCGUUUGGGACGGGCUAGGCUGCUACUAUUACUGUAGAAGAGAGCCUGAUGGUAAAGGAAGUGCCCCAUUUCGGCCUGAUUCGAAGACGGUCAUGGCUGUUCAGGGGCUGAGCGCUGCAAUGGCAGGUGGGGUUUCAGCUUUGAUCACGAUGCCGUUGGAUACGAUCAAGACAAGGUUGCAGGUGUUGGAUGGGGAGGAGAAUGGGAGGCGGCCCCCAACGAUUGGGCAGACAGUUAGGAAUCUUGUGAGGGAGGGUGGGUGGGCUGCGUGUUACAGAGGCCUGGGCCCGAGAUGGGCAUCCAUGUCAGUGUCCGCAACCACGAUGAUCACUACCUAUGAGUUCCUGAAGCGGUUGUCUGCGAAGAGGCAAGAGAGCUUGACUUGACAGUGAAUGGUCUGGCGGAAAUGGGAAAAUGUUUUUCUUCUUCUGUUUGAGCUUUGUAUGAUGAACCUGCUUUGUGUAAGUAAAAUGCAGGUUUCAUAUCCCUUUUUUUGACGUUUUAAACCUUCUCCUCUCCUUCCCAUUCUCUCCUUCUCAAGCUGCUACCUGGGUUUAUUCUUCUCUGGUUUGGGAGAUUGAAUUGAAGGGGAUUUUCUUGUAUUCUGUAGAUAUAUGUAUCAAUGUUCUAUGAAUGGGGGAGGUGGGUUUAUAUGAA